AUGCUCCUGGACGCCGGCCCCCAGUACCCCGCGAUCGGCGUGACCACCUUUGGCGCGUCCCGCCACCACUCGGCGGGCGACGUGGCCGAGCGCGACGUGGGCCUGGGCAUCAACCCGUUCGCCGACGGCAUGGGUGCCUUCAAGCUCAACCCCAGCUCGCACGAGCUGGCCUCCGCGGGCCAGACGGCCUUCACGUCUCAGGCUCCCGGCUACGCGGCUGCGGCGGCCCUGGGACAUCACCACCAUCCGGGCCACGUCGGCUCCUAUUCAAGCGCAGCCUUCAACUCCACGCGGGACUUUCUGUUCCGCAACCGGGGCUUUGGAGACGCGGCGGCUGCAGCCAGCGCGCAACACAGUCUGUUCGCUGCUUCAGCCGGGGGCUUCGGGGGCCCACACGGCCACACGGACGCCGCGGGCCACCUCCUCUUCCCUGGCCUUCACGAGCAGGCGGCGGGCCAUGCAUCGCCCAACGUGGUCAACGGGCAGAUGAGGCUUGGCUUCUCGGGGGACAUGUACCCGCGGCCCGAGCAGUAUGGCCAGGUGACCAGUCCGCGUUCAGAGCACUAUGCCGCGCCGCAGCUGCACGGCUACGGGCCCAUGAACGUGAACAUGGCCGCGCAUCACGGCGCCGGCGCCUUCUUCCGCUAUAUGCGCCAGCCCAUCAAACAGGAGCUCAUCUGCAAGUGGAUCGAGCCCGAGCAGCUGGCCAACCCCAAAAAGUCGUGCAACAAAACUUUCAGCACCAUGCACGAGCUGGUCACGCACGUCACAGUGGAGCACGUCGGCGGACCCGAGCAGAGUAACCACAUCUGCUUCUGGGAGGAGUGUCCGCGCGAGGGCAAGCCCUUCAAAGCCAAAUACAAACUGGUUAACCACAUCCGCGUGCACACGGGCGAGAAGCCCUUUCCCUGCCCCUUCCCUGGCUGCGGCAAGGUCUUCGCCCGUUCUGAGAACUUAAAGAUCCACAAAAGGACGCACACAGGGGAGAAGCCCUUCAAGUGCGAGUUCGAGGGCUGCGACCGACGUUUCGCCAAUAGCAGCGAUCGCAAGAAGCACAUGCACGUGCACACGAGUGACAAGCCCUAUCUGUGCAAGAUGUGCGACAAAUCCUACACGCACCCCAGCUCGUUGCGCAAACACAUGAAGGUCCACGAAUCCUCCUCGCAGGGCUCGCAACCUUCUCCGGCCGCCAGCUCGGGCUAUGAGUCCUCCACGCCGCCCACCAUCGUGUCUCCCUCCACAGACAACCCGACCAACAGCUCCCUGUCGCCCUCCUCCUCCGCGGUCCACCACACAGCCGGCCACAGCGCGCUCUCUUCCAAUUUUAACGAAUGGUACGUUUAA